AUGCAAAAUCUGUUUGGUUUAAGGCAGAAAAUUUCUGGCGUUGUCCCGGUUACAGAUGCCAAGCAAAAAGAGUUGGAACAAACUAAUAACAUAGGGUCAGAGAUAGAACCACUUUCUGAAGAAGAUAAAUUGAAAAUUAAUCAGUCAAUUAAAUUGACCACUACAGAAGAAUUGGAUUCUCAGGAAAAGACCAAUGCUGCUGAUUCUGAAUCUGAUUGUGAAAAUUGUACAAACCAUGACGACGAUCAUGAUGAAAAAGUAUUUAAUAAUUUGCAGAUAGAUAAAGAAUCUACAUUAUUUAAUUCUUCAAAAACUCCAUCCAUUCAGUUAAUUGUCCCCACUUCACAAACAGAUUGGAAAUUCGAUGCUUGUAUGGAAUUCGAAAAUUCAGUUCAAUAUAAAUUAAAUACUUGGGCAAUGGAACAAAAUAGGAACAAUGCCAAUAUAAACAUUAAUUGUAAUGUCACCUCGUUACCAAUAAACAUCAUGGAUAUUGAAAUUAUGAGACAUCAGAAGAAUCGUAUCUUGAUAUUACCACAUUUUAUUUGGAUUAAUGAUUUGACUGUAGACAAAGUUACUGAUACUAUGGAUACUCUCCUGCCCUUCUUGCUUGAUCAUAGUAAAGAAUCAAAAGCGAAGUUGUUAUCACAAUUCGAUUUUCUAAGUGAGGCAAAUGAAAAAGCAUUUGUAUUUAUUUGCUCGCAUAAGACAAGAGAUAAAAGAUGUGGUAUAACAGCGCCAAUCUUAAAAAAGAGAUUCGACACCCUUUUGAUGAAGCAUGGGCUGUAUAGAGAUUAUUCAGAUAUCAGGCAUGAUGGAAUUCAAGUAGCCUUCAUAAAUCAUGUGGGUGGCCAUAAAUUUGCCGCCAAUGUUUUGAUAUAUUUGAAAAGUUCCAAUACUUUGGUUUGGCUGGGAAGAAUAACACCAAAUAACGUCAAAUAUAUUGUAAACGGCUUAUUGUUAAAUGAACAUUCUCCUGAAUUAGCAUUUCCUGAGAAAAUUAGGUGCAUUAAAAAGUAUAAUACUGAUUGGUAA